AUGGCCGAAGUCGAAGAAGGCCCUGCCGGCGGUUCAGGCUCCGAGCCUCUCGACCUGGUGCGCCUGCUGCUGGACGAGGUAGUGUUCGUGAAGCUAAGAGGUGAUCGCGAGCUGCAAGGUCGGCUUCAUGCCUACGACAGCCAUAUGAACUUGAUCCUCGGCGAUGUGGUCGAGACCAUCUACGUGGUAGACGAUGAGGAGGAGGACGACGAGAUACGAACUACCACCAAGAAGUCCGAGAUGUUGUUCGUUCGAGGUGACAGUGUUGUGCUCCUCUCACCACAGAAUUCAUCAUGA